UAAAUUUUUAAAACACAAAUUCCUAGCUUCGAAUUCAAGAUCACCAAUUUUAUUCCCUCGAAACCACGGUCUUGUUCAGCAUGUCUGUCUGUGUCGCAUGUAAGAAGCACCUUGUGCUCGAUAUCGACUUCUCAGACGACGAUGAGGACACUUCAAUGGGCGGUUCCAGCAGUGCGCAGCCCACAAAGCAAGUCCCAGAUGAUGUACACUUGAGCUGCGGCUGCCACUUCCACUGGGACUGCCUCCUUGAAUCCUACACCAUCGACAGCUGUCCGGCCUGCAAUACAGCCCUUAUCCGUCCUACCCCCAACGGCGGCCAACAGAUCCUGUGCACACUCUCCAACGAAGGCGGCGUGCAAGAAAACCUCGACAUCCUCCCGCUCCUCAUGGAAGAAGCAUACCUCAAAGCAUACCCCGAGGAAACCAAAGCGCGCGCGUUUCUGGAGUUCUGCCGCGCAGGCGACCUGACUGCCAUUGUAGAGAUGAUACAAGACUCAGCGGAGAGCGAGGGCGACGACGAGGAGAUGGACGAGGGCGAGGGCGAGGGCGAAGGGCAGCAUGGCAGUACGGUCGACUGGCUACGGUAUCAAGACCCGAUUGGCGAUAUGCAGAGCGGGCUUCAUGCAGCCGUUGCGGCGGGGAGUCGUGAGGUUGUGUGGCUAUUGCUGCUCAUGGCGAGUACGUUAGACUUGCAGGCGUUUCCGCCGCAGGUGUUUCAGGAGGCGGAGGUGUUGGGCAUCAUGAGGCCGACGGAUAGCGAGAUGGAGGGCAAGGUGGACAUCAGGACGUUGAGAGAUGCGAGUGGGCGGAGCGCGGAGGAUGUCGCAAGGGAAAAUGGGGGACUCUGGGCGGAGUGGAUUGGGAAUGGGAGGUUGGUGUUGUAGAAAGAGAGGAGAAGGAAGGGGUGGUCAUCAUGGUGCUCAGGGAGGUAUAUACCCGAAGUGGUCGGUCGGGCGUCGAAAAGUUAUUUGUUUCGGAACACUAUUAUGGUAUAGUCUAUGUGUAUGUGUAUAAUCAGAUGUCGCUCUGCCGGAGUACCAGCUUACAUUGCCGACGCUUAGCAAGGCUUCUUACAAGACCAUGUAAGAUACCGACGGAGCACUUGAUCUUCGCUUUCCGAGUGAGACCCGCAUUCAAAGG